AUGUACCUCACCAGCGUUUCCUUUUCUUCAGGUUGCUGCUGUGGCGCAGAGGAUGUGGCGGCUCCCCCUGAACAGAAGGUUUCUGACAGGAAUAUUUGUCCUGAAAGACAGCGUUUCGUGGGCCGGGAAUGUGGAAAAUGUUUUAGCAAACUUUCUACUUUUCACUGUCAUCAGAGCGUUCACUCCGGAAAAAGACGUUAUGAGUGCGGUGAGUGUGGUGAGUGUGGGAAGUCUUUUUCAAGGAUGUAUUACCUUCCUUAUCAUCAGAGAGUUCACACUGGAGAAAGGCCUUAUGGGUGCAGUGAGUGUGGCAAAUCUUUCUUCAGUAGCUCUGGCCUUCACUAUCAUCAGAGAUUUCACAGAGGAGAAAGGCCUUAUGAGUGCAGUGAAUGUGGGAAAUCUUUUAGCUGUAGCAGUGCCCUCCACAGCCACCGGAGAGUUCACACUGGAGAAAAGCCUUUUGAGUGCAGUGAGUGUGGGAAAUCUUUUACUGGUAGCAGUGGCCUCCGGAGUCACCAGAGAGUUCACACUGGGGAAAGGCCUUAUGAGUGCAGUGAGUGUGGGAAAUCUUUCUUCAGUAGCUCUGGCCUUCAUUAUCAUCAGCGAUUUCACACAGGAGAAAGGCCUUAUGAGUGCAGUGAAUGUGGGAAAUCUUUUAGCUGUAGCAGUGCCCUCCACAGCCACCGGAGAGUUCACACUGGAGAAAAGCCUUAUGAGUGCAGUGAAUGUGGGAAGUCUUUUAGCUGUAGCAGUGGCCUCCGGAGUCAUGAGACAGUUCACACUGAAGAAAGGCCUUACGAGUGCCUUGCAUGUGGAAAAUCUUUUAAGAGUAGCAAUGGCUUUCAAUAUCAUCAGAGAGUUCAUACUGGAGAAAAGCCUUAUGAGUGCAACAAAUGUGGGAAAUUUUUUAUCAAAAUCCAAGGCCUUCAUAAGCACCAGAGAGUUCACACUGGAGAAAAGCCUUACGAGUGCAAUGAAUGUGGGAAAUCUUUUUCAAGAAAGGAGUCCCUUCGUUAUCAUCAGAGAGGUCACAGUGGAAUAAGGCCUUAUGUGUGUCAUGAAUGUGGGAAAUCUUUUACAAGUAGCACUGGCCUCCAUUAUCAUCAGAGAUUUCACACGGGAGAAAAGCCCUAUGAGUGCAGUACGUGUGGCAAAUUUUUUACCAGCAGAAGUGGCCUUGUCCAUCACCAGAGAGUUCACACUGGAGAAAGGCCUUAUGUGUGCCCUAAAUGUGGGAAUUCUUUUACUAGUAGCAAUGGCCUUGUAGGUCACCUGAGACUUCACACUGGAGAAAGGCCAUAUGAGUGCAGUGAAUGUGGGAAGUCUUUUACCAGGAUCCAUAGCCUUCGUUAUCAUAAGAGAGUUCACAGUAGAGGAAAUGUCUAG